AUGGCGACUUCAGAUAUACCCCUGGACGACACCCCUGAUCCUGUUACAUUUAGUCCACUUGGGGAAGGUGACAGGGAGCCUGAACUUCCUGUUGCUCAGCAUGAUAACGGUUCUGCAACGCACAUGGGUCCGACGGAACGAGAUGGCCCGGUCUCUCAAGAUCUAGGAUCGAAUAACGAGGGAGUGAACUCCAGCGCCCCAGCUACAAAUGACCGCCAAAGUUCUCAUGAGUCUCCCUCUGACCUGAUGCACGAAAUUCGUGCUUUGCAGAGUAAACUCCUUCUUCUUGAAGGGAAAGUAGGAGACGGAUCUGGCGUUACUCACAAUGACUCAGCGAGGAGUGACGGAAAAAGAUUUAGCCAUGUUGCAGACGAACGACAACUCCGUAAGCAGAUUCGGAGGGCUCAGUCUGCCAGAAAAUGGGUUAAAGAAGCAGAAAGCCUCGCUAAUGAGACUCGAGACGAGCGAGUCGAUUACGGACGGAACGACUUCAUGCACAGGAUUUCACCUUCAGGGAAAGUAUGGCCCAUUGACGGCAAAGAAGAUAACAGGGGCACGGAAUUCCAAUCUGAAAGAGAAUAUGAUAUUUGGAGGGAUGUUCCUCUCGAACCACAACGUGGUAUCCGCCCUCUAACCUCGCUGAGACCACAUUACUCACGAAAGCUGGGACCACCCAAUGAGUGGGAUACAUCAGACAGCGAUGAGUGGAGCAGCGAUGGCUCAAUACAAACACGGGACUUUGAAUAUUUCCGCGCGAGACUCCGUGGAGACUUUGAAUGGGAACUUGACCGCCUUAACGCUCAGAAGAGCAGAUUUGAAAAGUACAAGAAAAAGAAGCAAAUCAAAGCUGAGAGAGAAGAGCAAGCAAAUCGCAAGCAUGAUCCGACCGGGGCAAAAGUUGAAGAAGAAGAAAACAGAGAAGAGAGCAAUGAAAAUCUCGCUAUUGUUGUCAAUCUUAACCCCCUGGAAUGGCGAGAAUUCAGAGCCUCUCGGAAGACACUUGCCGGAUCUUCUUCUCUCAUUGAUAUUCUUGUAGGAGAACCUCAGGUACUGGAUCAGUUCUUCGAUCAUUAUCGCACCAAGGAAAAGGCCACUUUCCAUCGUUCAAAGGUAGUUGAGGCACAUCAAACGCAUAAAGGGGAAAACCUAGGGCACAUCGUUGCUUCAGAUGGGCAAGCACAUCUUCCCGAGCGAAUUCGAAUUCAUUCUAAGGAGCUCAUCAAGACUCUUCAAAUUAUACAUGGCUCUGAUUUAUCCUCCGAAGACAUUCUUACGGGCUCACUGGUAAUGCUACGUCCAUACCGCAUGCUGACAUACUAUGAGAGCGAAAUCCGACAAUGGCAUUCACGAUUGGAGAAGAGGUUUCGAAAGUCUAAGUCGCUGACAGUCGAGGAUUCAGCGACAGAUAUAGUCGGAGAAGAAGCAGCCGAUGGAGAAAAGGGUGAUGAAAGGUCUACUCAGGAGGAGGCCUCUGACAACACAGAUCCUGAGGGCUAUAGCAAAUCUGAGACAGCCCUGGAGCAUUUGACAUGCCUGCUCGAGUUCGUGGACCAGUACAUCUUGAAAAGACAGGAAUUCCUGGAAAGCUCAGCCUGUGAAAAGAUAUUCUUCUCCGACCUUUGGCACUUGUUCAAGCCAGGAGAUCUUGUCAUUUCUGCCGAUGGCAAGCAGGCUUACCAGGUUUUCAAUGUGAUCUCCCAUCCUCACGUUGGAACAAACCGUUGGUCUAAGUUUACCAGAGACACGGGAGACUCCUCAGAUGAGUCUAUUGAGGAUGACAUUUCCGUCCAGUGCGUCUUUAUUCAUUUUGAUGGUCAGCAAAUUGGUCCCGUGUUGACGACCUUCAAAAUACCAAAGUUUGACGGCGAAAAGCCUGUCACUUCACUAAGUGUUUAUCCUUUCCGAUUCCACGUUCGAAAGAAACUGGAUAGACAAAUCAUGAAACUCAAGCAGUCUGGGGAACAACUUGACGAAGCCGUGAGCCACGGUGUUACAAAAUUUCAAGAAGCACUUAUUGAAAGGGGAAAGCUAUUCACUGAAGUGGCAGCUGUCAAGCAUAUGUACUACUCUGGCCUGACGGUUGAUACACGCGAUGAAGUGCAGAGCCAGGUCAUGAUCGACUUCGCAGAGGCUUUCAUGGUAGAGAAAAAUGGAAAUUGGAAACCGGACCUCAAGCAGCUAAUUGGGUUUAUUGCAACGGAGGAUUCAAAUCCCGAGGCGCCGUGUGACGCUCUGUGUUGCACCAACGAAACCGUGCACAAUGACGUCUAUGUGGAUAAAAAGCGCCAUCAUGACUUCAUGAAAGUAAUGAUGAGCGGGGUCGAGGAUGGCAUGGACGACUUACCGCCUGCGAACAUAUACCCUCGUCCUUUGGAAGCUCUCAAGACAGGAGAGAGUAAGUUGAGAAGAGAUGAUUUACUCAUCAUGUCGUACUCUGUCUUCGGUUUCGUCCUGCGUGAUCGGUCGUGGGCUAAGCUGGACUUGACCCAUCUCUCUCACAUCACUGACUCGGUUGAUGAUUCUGUUGCUAUUAGUGAUGACGAUACCGAGGAUGAUAAAACCGCAUUUGGACAACUCGUCCUCCCUUCAGGCCACAAGAAGAUGGUGCUCUCACUGAUAUCCCAACACUUUCGGAACAAAGCAAUGCAGCGGGAAAGGCAAAGGGACGAACAGGUUGAUAUUGUUCGUGGAAAAGGAAAAGGACUCAUCAUCCUCCUUCAUGGCGCCCCGGGAGUCGGAAAAACAACCACAGCUGAGGGUGUCGCUGAGAAGUUCAAGAAGCCGUUAUUCCAGAUAACAUGUGGUGAUCUCGGAUCAACUGCAACACAAGUAGAAACCGCCUUACAAACAAACUUUGCACUCGCCAAUCGAUGGGGCUGUAUCUUGCUUCUCGACGAAGCCGACGUGUUUCUAGCAGAGAGACGAAGGGACGACUUUACUCGUAAUGGAUUGGUUGCCGUCUUCCUCAGAGUUCUAGAGUACUACGCUGGAAUCCUCUUUCUCACGACAAACCGCAUCGGAGACUUUGAUGAAGCUUUUGCCUCAAGAAUCCAUAUGAGUCUUCACUAUCCCCCUCUUGAGCUACUUUCAACUUCCAAGAUCUUUGAGCUCAACCUCCAAAUGAUCAAAACACGAUACCAAGAUGCCGGCAGAAAGAUUAAGAUUGACAAGGAUGAGAUAGUCCGGUACGCUGUAGAUUAUUGGCAGAGAAACGACAAAGCACGACUGAACGGUCGCCAAAUCCGGAAUGCAUGCCAGACGGCAUUGGCGCUUGCAGAGUUUGAUGCUCAGCCAGAGGGGAGCAAGUACGAUCUCGCGGUGACAUCGGACGCGAAAGUACACCUGUCGGUCAACAAUAUUCAGACCGUUUCAGAGGCCUACCUCGAGUUCAUAGAGUACCUGAAAGCUGUUCACGGUACUGAUGCUGAGACUCAUGCCAACGAGGCAGGCCUCCGUGCCCUCGAGACCGCCUACUUGGCGAUGAAAUCUGGCAGUAGUCACAGAGGUAAGAGUUCUGGACAGGCUCCAGAAGGAAGACAGAACCCACUUGAGAAGUUCAAACUACAAAGUCCCCCACCCCGAGCUCAGACAACUGAGAUGCGGCCAGAGCAAGACUAUCACUCUCAGCAACAUCGGCGAGGGCCUUCAUACGAUGCAUCACAGUCUUCGAUAGCGCCAUACAACACGCCACCACGAAUGUCCCAUCCACAAUCUGGUAUGCCGCCGUAUGGACAAGGAAUGAACAUGGCUGGCCAGAACUACCUGCAAUACCAAGAUCCUGCCCCAGGUCAAGAACAGUUCAAUCCUCCUGGAAGCCAGCAACGCCUCCCUUUACCACAGCACAGGUCAUAUUCUCCCUCUCCACCUGGUACGGGUCCUCAGUAUCGCCCUUCGAGUGGAACGCAUAUAGCAGAUGGUGCCUCAAGUUCAGCGAUGGGUUCGAUGCACGAGCGGCCAGCUGAUGCAUAUGGUCGCCAGGAUCCCAGGACGGGAAACGUGUGGCCUUUAAAUGUUAAGGGACAGCGACCGGGAAACGAUCUGCCUCAGCAGUUCACAGAUCACAACCAACCAUAUCCUCAUCCUGGAAAUCCUCUUUAA